AUGUUGUACCUUGUACAAUUUGUCAAAAUCCUCUCCAGUUCUUCGGGGCAACUCAAACGAAACGGAAUAAUUCCUGAUCGACGAAAAGUAAAGCAGCCUUUUUAUGUGAAAUAUGUUCACAAUACAGUUACCUUAGCUCUUGCCUCGAUCGUGUCGCAUGAUGACCAAACCACUUCCCUAAUUGUUAUGCAGUACGGGAAAAAAGCUAAAAAUUCCUAAAGCUAAUCAACGAAAAAUAAAAUCAAUACUGAUCCUCAUAGAGAGGAAGUGAAGACAAUUUAAGUCUCACAUAGGAAAGAUCUGCGAGUAAAAAUUGUCGUUCGCAGUCGUUCGUUCAAAAUUUUUCUAUCUCCUUUUCAAUAUUGGAUGAAUAUUUUAGCCUGGAGUGCAUGAUUUGUUCUCUCUUUGUUGCCGGCCUCUUUGUAUUGAACAUUGCGACAUACCCAUUAAACCGCAGAAUUCAGUCGCCGGCUCAAUCAAGGAUGGAAGAGUGUUCGUGUUGCCAGUAGAUUUAUGUUUCUGACUGGAAUUUCAAAGCUGGUUGUGCAUGUAAGGAAUAUUUUGGUUUGCAAGGGUAAAAUAACCCAAUAAGAAAAUAAUUUCAUAAUUUUUGUAAAAUAAAUGCGUGCUUUGACUUAAUAAUCAGGAAAAUAGCCUUAUAACCAACAGAUGCAUCCCGCAGGGAUGAGGUUCAAAUUUCGGUUUCCAAUUCAGCUUCAGAAAAUUAGCUAUAUUUGGCGGCUUAUUCGUUUUGAAAAAGUUUUUUUUUAUCAUUACAAUAUCUGCAAGGGUGACAUUACAAACAAUAAAUGAAUGCGUGACGUGAAGAUUUCAUUUUCUAAUCCAAAAGGUUGUAAACUCAGAUUAUACUGCGUGUGUUCUCAAGUACUCGGUUUAAUUAUAUCUACACGACCAUUUUGGAUCAAAUACAGUUUGACCAAAUUUAAAGAGGGAAAAGCGUCGAGUUCGGUAUAAAAAUUAAAUACAUGCUGUCGAUUGCGGUCGGGUGAGCCCUUAUUAGGAAUUUCUUUACCUUACAAGAAUGAAAAAGCCAAGUUACAAAAUUAAUUCAUGACUUUUGAAUUAACAUGAAUCCGUGUGUCAAAAUGGCGCUAAAAAGAGCGAUAUACUGUAACCUCGUCACGAAUUAGGUCAAGACAUUUUAAAAUUGAAACAUGACAUGACGAUUUUUGUUUCAAUUCUUUGUUAUCUAAAUUUGGUUCUGAGUAAAUCGAAGUUGUAUAUAAGCAGGUAAAUUGCUGCGGGUACAUUAUACGGGUUAUAAUCGGUUGCGUAUUGAAGAACCAAGUGGAAUUCGUGAUUCUAGUACUCUCUGAGCAAUUAAAGGAAAGUUCCUCUUGAACCUGUGGUAAUGCUGGCAGUUAAAGAUAUUGCGUCCUUUUCAAUCAUCUUUGGGCUACUAGUGGGUGCAUUUUCCAGUAAAGCCUCUCAUCUCGAAACUGAGGGAGACGCUGGGCCCAUCAGGCAAAGAAAGACUUGGUCGCCACGGUCAGCACCAUAUUUCGUUAGGAACAAACGUCCAGAGGGUCUCCCUAAUACUCAUCGGGGACAGGAAAUUCAGCAAUUACUUCCUGAGGAACCUCAAGGAACUCCGCCUUACUUCGUCUCGCUGUUUGAUCCGGAGAGGAACAUCCCCUUCUACUCUGCCUACAAAGUGACUCCACAACAGGCGCCUUUCAUUGGAAAACUCCACAGGAAAGAUGCGAAAGGGUGGUGGAGGAAUCCUCCUGGUGUUCCUGGCUUAUAUGGCACGUACAGGAAACUGACCCGACGAGAGCCUCUUAGCAAGGGCCACAUGAAUCCCACAGCCAUAAAUACAUUCGAUAUAAACAGUUUAGAGGCAACAUUCACCCUCACCAAUGCGGUGCCACAAUAUAUUGCAUCUAACAGCGGACCUUGGAAGAUUUUCGAAGCGAACAUUCGUCGCUACGCUAAGGAGACCUGUGGAAGUCGUGCUCGCAAUGGAACUUUGUAUCUAUUGACCGGAACCUCCGAAUAUGACAUGGAAGGAAUCAUUGCGGACAAUGGGAACGUCAACGUAUUCCAUUCUGAAGUCUUCCUUGACGAUGUAAAACUUGCGAUCCCCCGUGCACUCUGGACUGCAGGGUGCUGUGUGUGGAGGGAUUCCAACCAUACAAAAGACAACCGAGCAGAGUCCUUUGCAGUCAUGACCAACAAUGCGAAGGAUUCCAACUGCCUAAACCAGACUGAAAUGAGUGUUUCGCAAGUGGAGAAACACCUUACUCCACGAGGUUGGCCAUUGGUGAAUCUAUUCCCUGGGGAGGAAAGUUGCCGACACACCGAGAAUGAUGUUAGACUGUAAUAAUCCGAAACAUUA